AUGAUUUUCACCAGUGAGCUAGAAGAGGAGGCUGCAAAUCAUGUAAUCUCAGAUCAAACCAACAACCAAUUAGAUUUGGAGUCAAGAACAAGUGAGGAUCAUGAUCAUCAAGGGAGAGGAUCAUCAUCAGCUAAUCAAGCUGAUGAUGAUCAUGAUGAUCAAGAUGAUGACAAUUUGGGAGACUGGCUGAGCCUAGGCCUCAACAACAAGAUGAAUCAGUCUUUCAGUACAGCCACAGACUCAUGUAUUGAUCAUAAUCCACAAUCACCAAGGCCUCCAAGUAGUAGUACUGGUACAAACAAGGUUUUUUCUUGUAAUUUCUGCAUGAGGAAGUUUUAUAGUUCUCAGGCCUUGGGAGGUCACCAGAAUGCACACAAGAGAGAGAGAGGGGCUGCAAAAAGGUACCAAUUGUCUCACAGGAUGAUGAUGAACACAAUGGGAUUUAGUCCCUCUCCCUUCACUUCUCCGGCGGCCCGGUCGCUCGGUGUCCGGCCUCACUCGCUUGUCCACAAGCCAUGCAGAGAAGGGUCUGCAGUGGUUGCAAAGUUUACUGAGGCGGAAACCGGAUUCGGGAUGCCAUGGAAUUCGGUUCCAUUCUUGAUUGAAGACACCAUGGAUUUGGUUUGGCCUGGAAGUUUUAGAGUUGGGAAAUUGCCUAAACAAGCAUCCCAGGAUAUUAUAAAUAAUAAUAUCAAUUGUAAUAGUAGUAGUAGUAAUAGUAUGAAUAAGCUGGACUUAAAUCUUAGGCUGUGAUUUUUGUCCCAUGUUAAUUACUUGUCUUAAUUUC